UUGACGUGGCGCAAAGAGAGGGAGAAGGGAGAAAGCUCCAGCGAGCUGUGGCCGCCAUCUUAAGCCGAGGUGAGGAAAUGAAAUGACCGGGAGCGGCUUGUGGCUGAGGAUGAGGAGCGGAGGGGUGGUGCUUCCAAGUAAAAAGAACAGUAACGGAUUAAUAUUAAACCUCAAGUCUAACCAGAAGCUUAAGCCAUGGGAUUGUCACUUAACUCAUUCCUCAAAAACUUUCUUGGAAGAAAGGAAAUGCGUAUUCUCAUGGUGGGUCUCGAUGCAGCUGGCAAGACCACCAUUUUAUACAAACUGAAAUUGGGUGAAAUUGUAACCACUAUUCCCACUAUAGGUUUCAACGUAGAAACUGUGGAAUACAGGAACAUUAGUUUUACAGUGUGGGAUGUGGGUGGACAGGACAAGAUCCGUCCACUUUGGCGCCACUACUUUCAAAAUACACAAGGUUUGAUUUUUGUGGUUGACAGUAACGACAGGGAGAGAGUGAACGAAGCUAAAGAAGAGUUGAUGAGAAUGCUAGCUGAAGAUGAGCUACGAGAUGCUGUGUUGUUACUUUUUGCAAACAAACAGGAUCUGCCUAACGCAAUGAAUGCUGCAGAGAUCACAGAUAAACUGGGUCUGCAUCAGCUCCGUCAGAGGACCUGGUUCAUCCAGGCAACCUGUGCGACCAGUGGUGACGGCCUGUAUGAAGGACUGGACUGGCUGUCCAACCAACUCAAAAGCAACAAAUAACUCCUCUCUCCCUACCCCCCCAUCCCCUCCCUCCCCUCCUGCCCGUCCUUUCCUUCCUGCUUUAUUAUGUAGUGUGGCAAACUGCUACUUUGUGGUAUUGGGUACCAGGAACCUGCUUCAUUACAUCCAAUCACUAGAACUAUAAAUAACAUCAUGCUGUAUGGGUGAGAAGUACAGACUUGAAAGGAAAUAUGCUGUUUCUUAUUUGUGUAUAUAUCGUCCCUCUUUUUGUAAUGAGGCAGUUUCUUGCUACUCCUAUGCAAUAUAUUACCCCCAUGGUUGUUCUUUGUUUUCCCUUCUUUUGAAGGUUUAAACUGACUUGUAAGUAUUAAGUGUAGGAAAGGGAUAUACAAACAGCUUAGAAAUGGGAGAUGCUUAUGUAUGCUCCCAACAGUACAACGCACUGCAAAGGCUGUUCCAUGGUGUGGGUAUGGCUUUUCUUUUUGUUGGAGGGAGGGAAACUUGCAUGUGACUUUGAUUUUUCAACUUGUUUUCCUCAUUGCCCAAAUCUGGGAUUUCAGGAGUUGAGGACUGCUUGUGAUUUUAUUUUAAAAUUCUAACAUUACACUUGUGAUUACUAGGUUCAGGUUCUCUUGCACUAUUCUGCGAGUCAGUUUCAAAGGUUGCCCAAGUAUCCCUUUCCUAGACCUAUGCAGGCUGGAUUUGAAAUUCAACAGAAUAAAAUAUAUUCUAACCCACUUUUUUCUGCCUUCUGAAUAAUUUAAGUCCAACUCUUAAAUAGCUUAAUUUAAAAUGAGCUGAUGGUUAGUUAUUUUACAGUGAAGUGCUGGAGGUUCUUGUGAAUAAGGGGCCACUGUUAAACUUAGCUUUACAAUAUCGUGAAUUGUCAGGGAAGAGCAAGAGAGAAAGAAGGGAAGAGAAAGUUAGUGACCAUAGUAAUAAGUCUUGAACUAUUAAGUGAAGCAAAAAGAUGAGUAGCCAAGAAUGCCUAAUUUAUAUCACCUGUUUGAAUUUGGAGUCUUGUGCUGACUCUUCCUUUCUCCCUCAUAGCUCACCCCAUACUGACAGUAAGCUGACCACAGCAUGCAGGCACUGUUGGGUCAGAUGAGAAAGAAGCUUAUUUUUGGCUUUCAUUAGCUUGUCCCUUGGCUCGUGUAUAGUCGGUAGCAAUGUCCAGUGAAUGCACCUAAACCCCCUCCCCUUGCCCUCUUUGUUUUUCUCCAGUGUGUUGAAACUGCAUCUGAGUCAUUCCAUUUUUGGUGUUGUGCAAGACAUAUUUCCAUCAAUUCCUAUUCCCUCCCCCAUGCCAUCCUGAAUGUUUGGAAUUCAAAGCAAGACCCAUCCACCCGAUACAUGAAUACUGCAAGGACCUGGUUUGCCAGCAGAAAGCUGUUUUUUUUUUUUCUUUACCUUAGUUAAGGCUGAGAAAUAUAUGGACAGUAAAUAGCUGGGUCUGAUCAGGAUGGGUUAUUGGUGUGAAGUUAAUCCUUUCAUUACACACACUACUAAUCAAAUGUUUUGUAUACUUGUUUCAAUUUUCAUUUUGACAAGCACUGUAAUUAAAGCUGUUAGAAUAAAAUCUCUUAAGAUUAA